AACACCAACAUCAGUCAUCAGCAGUGGUACACCGAUCGAACAACAACACAGCAACUUGAGCCAAAACAACGACAAAUAUCAACAACACAGCAACUCAACGGAGAAACCGGACACCCGCGAACCAACCAAGCAAAAUCCGAAACAGCUCCGACCCGAUAUCAGCAACGAAGCGCGACAGCAACUUUAUCUCUGUGUGUUAGGUAAUUAUCGGAAGAGUUCGUGGGUGCUGCCAAAUUUGCUGCCAGAGAAAUAUUGACCAGGAGAAACAGAAGAUUCACACGGAGCAAUGGAUAAACUAAGAGAAGCAAUUUUGAAAAUGGCAAAUAGUGAACCCAAUGUGCCAUUGUCACAAACCAAAAAUGUCAUUCUUCAACAACAUCUUAAUCGUUUCUUCGAUUGUCUUCAUAUUGCUCCUGAUCAUCCUCCUUACUCUUGGAUGAUUGAAAAGGCCUUGCAGGAAUUGAAUGAAAAGGGGGGAUCCACAGAAGACUCAAUAUCUACAUUUAUCAAGAAAGAGCAUGACAGUUUGCCAUGGGCUCAUAUGACAAUGCUGAAACAUCAUCUACAGAAGAUGACUGAAAAGGGAGAGAUCAUUAUGAUUGAUGGAGGACGGUUUGUGCUUCCUGGUGACAACAAAACGUUGAAUCGAAAGAGGAGGAGGAAGAGGAAGUAUUUAAAGAGGAAGAGAAGGGGGAAUUCAGAAAUUAAACAAAAGAAGCCACUGCACCGGGAAAAGGAGGAGGAAAAGCAGGUGCAGCAUGAUGAUGUAGAAGUUAAAGAACCGAAGGAUUUGGCUGAGCAACAAAAUGAAGAUGCGCAAUUAAGUGGCCAGCAAAAUUAUGUCGCUGGAAAUAGAGUUUUUCAUAGAAGAGUUCAAUGUAAUAGAGUAAAUAAACAAAAGGAGAAAGAACAGCUUGAAUCACAAAGUGAGCAUUUACAGGAUCCAGAAUUGCAGCAGUCGAAGUAUAGUCUCACCAGAGUUGAGGAAACAGCUAAUAUUAGUAACUUAUAUCCACUAGAAAUUCUAGAAAAUGAACAACCUGGAGAUAACCUGCCUCAAAUUUUAAGUCCUGAAGCACCUCCAGGUUUUGAGUUUCUGGUGGUGGAGGAUGCCACAGUAAACAAAGCACAUGCCUCCUCAUCAGUCGAAUUAGACUUACCAAAGGAAGAUCCUGUUGUGCAUCAGAGUUCCGAGAGACCUGGUGAAGAGGAGUCUGUUGCUGGCGAUCUGCUGAAGACUCAAAGUUCUGAAAGACCUGGUGAAGAAGAGUCUGUUGCUGAGGAUCUGCUGAAGACUACGAGUUCUGAAAGACCUGGUGAAGAGAAGUCUGUUGCGGAGGAUCUGCUGAAAACUAAGAAGCAGCAAAAGAAGCACCAUGGCUGGCAGCAAAAUAUUAGGCCAAUGCGAACUUUGACUAGGGCGCAAAAGAAAGCAGCAGUAACUCCAAAUGCAGCUUUUCAAUGUCAGCAACAGGAGCAACCUAUUUCAGGCAGAUACAGAAGGCAAGUACAGUUGGCAAUUGAGAGCUCAUCAGAAGCAAAGCAGCCGUCCAUUGAGAAGUCAUCUGAAACAGAUCGUGCACAAAGACAACUAAAGCGCUGGAGCAAAACCCCAGAUGAACCUAAAUCAGUAAGUACCUCUAAAGUGGAACAAUUGCUAUUGUGUGACUCAAUGAAUCAACAUUUAGUACAUAUGGGAGAACCUUUAAGCACCUCUAGGCCAUUACAUACCUCAACGGAGCUACAGUUAGUGCAAAUAGAAGAGCCGUUGGCAUUGGAAAUAAGGGAGGAUGUGUUGAACUUGAUUGAUCCUCAACAUGAGGUGCACUUGAAGCAACCAAAAAACCAGCGUUGUCGGAGGCUGCCUAAGUACAAGGAGGAUGGGGCCAAGAUAGAUGCUGGUACAAUUUCAGCAUUGGCAACAAAGGAGGAAGUGUUAUGUUUGGAGGAUCAUCAGGAUGAGGUACACUUGAAGCAACCAAAAGAUAGGCGUUGUGGGAGGGCUCUCAAGGGCAAGGAGGCUGGGGCUGAUCCAGAUACUAUACUUUUGAAGGACUUGGGAUCGUCUAAGAAGCUAACGAAGAAACAAAAUGAUCGGGGUCUAGGAAGGCGUAGGAACACACAUUGAAGUGAGCAUUGCAGUUUCUUGAUUCUCUCUCUUAAAAGGACAAAUGGUAUAAACUGAGAUAAAUCCCAGAAGUUCAAAUGUUAGUAGAUAAAUAUUAGUUGCUUGUAUUUCUCUUAUAUUUUCAAACUUGGCCCUGUGCAGUAGAGGUAAAAUAUAUUAAUUUGAACUAAUAGCUUGACUGACAUACUUAUUUGAAAGAAGCUACAACAUUAUUUACUAAUCGCUUGUAGUUCGCUGUUCUUUAUGUUUUGCUCUGUACAGUAGGGGUUACAAUAGAGUAAUCCAGCAAUGAAGUACUAAUCUGUGAAAGGGAAGUUAAUGCUUGAUUCUUAAUGAGUUUAAGAAGCUUUGGUGUGACAUUAUUCAUCUCUGAGCCAGUUACUGACUUUUGAUCUGUUAGAAGUCCUGCAUGUCUCAAUCCAUUCUUAGCUAACAUUUUGGUGUAAAGUGAUGAAAAAUCUUCAUGAAGUAGAGACCUUCAAAAAAUCUGAACUCUUCACAGGCUUUAGUCAACUUCACAAGUUUGUCAUAUGGUGUGGAAGAGGAAGACUUUAGACUGUUUAGGUUUAUUAAAGUGAAAUAGACUUGAGAUUUGUCUGGUUAGCUGCAGUUCUCUGUCCUGAAGUCUGAACCAUUGCCGUUAAUUCGUCUGAAAUGCUUUCCUGCUCUUGCCAUUGUGUACACUUCUUUAAGAUGGUCAAUUUAUCUCUCUUCUUUGUUUGGGAUUUAUGUGUAGUUGAUUGAUUGAUAUAUUUACUUGUCUAAUGUUAUACUUGAGUUCCCAUGUCUAUUCAAGGAAUUCAACUAAUUAUAGGCAAAUCUGUAUGAGCUUUGCAGGUGUGUAUAUAAAUAAAGCUCCUGGGAAUGGUGAAAUUAAUUUGUGGAAACGCUUCCGCUUUCAUGAAGCUUGUUUGGUGCGGAUCCAGUUUGGCUGGGUUAGUGAGUACCAGAUACCUAAUGGUUAUACCAAAAAGUUUAGCGUAUAUGAAGCUCUCUCUUGGGUGGAUUUCAUUUCUCUGUCAUUCUUCUGAACUCAAAUGGAAUUCCAGUUGGGAUAUCGUAGUAAAUAUCAGAACCUAGACAUUUUCUUGAUACUGUAAAAAAGCCAGACUUAUUUCCUUCAGGUUUUAUAUUAUUUUAAACUUGGAUUUCUUGGAGCA